UCACGAGUUCAAACUCACUGCGGCCCAUUUGCCCAUGACUUCUUCACCCUCUUCUCUUCUUCGUCUUCCCAGUUCUCCAUUUCUAGGUUGAGGUUCUGUUCUUAGUCAAGGACCAAAACCCUGUACCCUAGUCUUCGAAUCUUGUACUAAUGGCGUCUAUCAAUUUCAAUUUCAAUUUCUUCGACAACUGGUUCAACAAGCCUCCGAAUCCACUUCCUCCUAUCAACCUUGUCCCACUCAUCCACUCACUGUCCAACAAAACCUCUCGCACCACUAACUUCGCUUCUAUCAGCUUCUCGAACCCAUUCAAAAAACCGAAGAUGCCGGAACCGGAGUCCAAAGAACCGGGCUACUGGCAGCAAAUGCUGGAUCAGUACUUCUGGGAGAGCGAGAACCAACCCGAUUACCGUCACGCACCAGAAGUUGAGAAGAUCCUAAAUGAUCAUCCAUAUUUAGAGAAAAAGGAAAACCCAACUGAAGAAGAAAUCAAAGAGAACGAGAGAUUCUGGGAGGAAAUCCGUUCCAACCCAGUAGUGCAGUUUUUGGCCCGAGCUGAGGAAAUUGCGGAUAAGAUGAAUGAAUUGGAGGUGAAUGCCAAUCCGCUUCCUUACCGGUGGGAGGACAGGAAGAUGUGGCAAGCGGUGCCGAACGUCAUUGGGCCUGACGGACGGCCCAUGCCGAGAAAGGCGAUAAUGACGAAGCAAGAGAGUGACGAUAAGUUUUGGGAUUUUGCAAAGCAGUUCUUUUUUGGGCUAUGGGGGUUUAGACGGAGACCCUACCCGUCUAGCCGACCCAUUGAUGUUGCUCAAGCUAUUGGCUACAAACGGCUGGAGAAGCGAUACUAUGAUUUUAUCAUGAGAAGUGGUGGAUUUUACUAUAAGGAUCGUUUGGGCCGGACACGAGGACCAAUGGAGCUAAUACAACUUAAAACUGCAUGGGGUGCUGGGAUAAUUGAUAAGGACACUUUCAUAUGGGGUGAGGACUUGGAUGAAUGGGCACCAAUACACAUGAUUUAUGGCAUGGAGCGCGCAAUUGCCACUUGGGAAGUUAGACUUGCUGCAGCAGCAACCGCUUUUCUACACAAGCUGCAGAAAGGAACUCCUCCUUGGGUUCCUCUCAAGGGACGCGAGAAGAAAACCUAUAAGCAGUUGCAACAAGAAGCCAUAGAGAGCAAAAGACGUGACUUAGCUGUUUUGCAAGCAAAUGAUGGUGUAUGGCCAGGAGUUCGAAUUCCUAGUCAUGCCCUAUUUCUUUGGGCAAGUGGUACAGAGCUUACAAAUGUAUUGGAAGCUGACCAUAUGCCUAACAAAUACAUUCCAAAAGAUCUCAGGCUCCAAUUGGCUGACAUUAUCCCUGGGCUAAGGCCAUGGGAGGUUCUAAGUGUUGAGCAAGCAAUGGAUCAGAUAACGUAUGGUGGAAAGUGGUACCGUGAACCUCUUGGGUCAUAUACUACAGGUCCGCCAUACAUCAGGGACUGGAAUGAGGAUGUCAAGAGAAUCCUUGGAGUUUUCUACACUCUUAGUUUCCAAGUUUGCGAGUAUUUGGAGAAUACAAUUCCUGGUUUCAGUACUAUAAUGGAGAAAGCUGAGGCUGAUGCUGCUGCCAGGGAGGCCAGAUUUAAGGAGAGGGAAGCUCAAAAGAAAGCUAGGGAAGAAAGGAUGGUACGCAGACGAUAUAUGAAGAAAUAUCCAUAGUGCCAAUGCAACCUCAGUUUUCCUCAAUCUUGGAUGAUUUAAUGGCAAUCCCCUAGGCAGUAUAUUCUUAACUGUCAUAUUUGGCUUGUGGAAUACUUUGGACAAAAUUGCUUGUCAUUGUUCUGCUUUGAAAUGAGAGGUAGUUCAUAAUUUUUCAAAGCUAUAUUUCCCCACCUCUAAAGUUGAUCAAGCUUGAAAUUCAGAGCUGAUGCUCUUGUUUUUGACUGCUUGUCUUUACAGGUGACGCAGAAUACUUCAGAAAUAUAUAGUCCAUGGUCUAAUGUUGAGUUAAUUUCAUGAAUGAUUAUUUUACUUUUCACUAA